AUGUCAUCAAGUCAUCCAUACGGUGAAGCAAAAAAUGCAAUAAAAUUUUUAAAUAAUCAAAUAAUUUUUGAAGAAGAACAAUUAAGUGAAAUUUUUCUUCAUCCUGAUGUUAAGGACCGCGAAGUUGCAAUUUUUGCUAUUGUUGGUUCAUAUCGUAGAGGAAAAAGCUUUUUUAUGGAUUAUUGUUUGAGAUUUAUGUAUGCAAAUUACAGAUCAAUAAAUUUCCUAAACAAUCCUCUUCAAUAUAAAGACAAUUGGAUAGGAGACGCUGAAGAACCACUCAAAGGAUUCUCUUGGCGAUCUGGUUCAUCACGUGAUUCAACAGGUAUUUCAUUCUGGUCUGACGUAUUCCUUUAUGAUCCACCAAAUGGUGAUCCAUUGGCAGUAUUGUUAGUCGAUACCCAAGGUCUUUUUGAUCCUGAGACUAGCACAGAAGAAAAUAUGAAAAUUUUAUCACUUGGAACACUUUUUUCAUCAACAUUGAUCCUCAAUUUAACAAACAUCAUUCAGGAAGAUCAACUUCAGUAUUUACAAUUCACAACUGAGUAUGCGAAAUUUUUCCGAACAUCAUCACCACAAACCGACAUCAAGCCAUUCCAAAAAUUUCUUUUUCUUGUUCGUGACUGGCAAAAUGUUGAUGAUUAUGAGUUUGGAUUUAAUGGCGGUCAAGCUUAUCUCAAUGAAGUGCUUAAAACAAAUAAUGACCAAAAUGAUGAUCUUCGAACUGUUCGUGACCACAUCCGUGAGUCAUUUGAUAAGCUUUUGUGCUACUUGAUGCCAUAUCCAGGAAAGAAAGUGGCAUCGUCUAGUGACUAUGAUGGCCGAUGGAGUUUAAUGGAUGAGGAUUUUAUGAAAGAAAUUAAAAAUUUGAUUGAAAGUUUCUUUAAACCACAAAAUAUGGUUGUAAAGAAAGUCGAAGGAGUUGACUUGAAGGCACACGAACUUUUUGAAUAUAUUAAAAGUUAUAUAAAUUUAUUUUCAACACCUGGAAGCAUCCCUAAGCCUAAAUCACUAUAUGAACUAGCAGUUGGAAAAUUUCUGACUCAAAUUGUCACUAAAUGUUAUGAAGUCUACGAACACCACUUAAGAAAUCCUAGUGAUAGAAACGAAAUAAAUUUAAUUCAUAGUUUUGCACUGUCAAAAGCUCUUGAAGCAUUCACUGACGCCAAAAAGAUGGGAAAUGCUCAAGAUUCAGAAAAAUUUAAAAAAAAUUUGGAGCAAAAAAUACAAAAACGUGAAUUUGAGUGGAAAAAUUUGAUGCAAAUUCAUUUUGUUCAAAUUGAGGAAGAGCAGCGAAAUGCCAAAGAAGCUGCAGAUGAAAUUGAAAGAAUUCGUAAGAAGGAGGAAGAAUUAGAAAAUAAAAGAAAUGUUGAAGAAUUGCAAAGACAACUUGAGGAACAUGAAAGAGAAAUUGCAAGACAACAAGAAGAAUUAAGACUCAAAAACCAGCAAAUUAAAGAGGAACUACAAAGACAAAAGGAUGCUGAAGAAUCACUUCGUAGAGAACGAGAAAGACAGCAGCAAAUUGAAGAAGAAAGAAGGCGACUCGAAGAGGAACAAAGGAAACGAGACGAAGAAAGUCGAAGACUCAAAAUUCAUAUCAAAGAACUGGGAAUUAAUUUUCAUGUUCCAAAACCCAAAUGUAGUGUUAUGUAA